AUGCUUGCGGACUGGCUCUAUGCGCUGCCGGCGGUAGAAUAUUUCAGUGCAAGGGGAAGUGACGGAAUGGCUUCAAAGGUCUUCAAUGAUGGGAAGCGAGUGCAGGACUUGCCUGGUUACAUGGGCCUCGGCCACUUGAGAUAUCCCACGGCAGGAACCAGCUCGAGCGCUGAAAGCCAGCCUUUCUACUGCAACAGCCCUUACGGUAUCUGCUUCGCACAUAACGGAAACCUGAUCAAUGCGCCCGAGCUGCGACGUUUUCUCGACCAGGAAGCGCACCGACAUUGCAACACCGACUCGGACAGCGAGCUCAUGCUCAACAUCUUCGCAAACUCCUUGAACGAGACGGGCAAGGCCCGUGUCAACGUUGACGACAUCUUCCGCGCCUUGGAAGCGACAUACAAGAAGUGCCAGGGCGCCUGGGCUGUCACUGCCAUGAUCGCUGGCUUUGGCAUCCUAGCUUUCCGUGAUUCACAUGGAAUCCGCCCGCUCGUCAUUGGCAGUCGCCCAUCUGCAACUAUUGAGGGCGCCAAAGACUACAUGAUGGCCUCUGAGAGUGUUGCACUCCGUCAGUUGGGCUUCGGAGACAUAAAGGACAUUCUUCCGGGCCAGGCUGUCUUCGUUCAAAAGGGUGGAAAGGCAGACUUCAAGCAGGUUGCUCCAAGACAGGGGUACACCCCAGACAUCUUCGAAUAUGUCUACUUCGCUAGGCCUGACUCCAUUAUCGAUUCCAUCAGCGUCCACCGCAGUAGACAAAACAUGGGACUGAAGCUGGCCGAUAAGAUGAAGGAGAUCCUGGGAGAAGCUGGAAUCAAGGAGAUUGACGUUAUCAUUCCGGUUCCGGAGACUAGCAACACAUCCGCGUCGGUUGUUUCAGAGAGACUCGGUAUCCCCCUUUCCAAUGGAUUUGUGAAGAAUCGCUAUGUCUUCCGCACCUUCAUUCUGCCCGGUCAAAAAGCGAGGCAGAAAAGCGUCCGAAGGAAGCUCAGCACCAUUGAAACCGAGUUCAAGGGGCGUGUUGUCUGUUUAGUUGACGACUCCAUCGUACGAGGCACCACCAGUAGAGAAAUCGUCAGCAUGGCUCGAGAGUCUGGCGCUCGCAAGGUCCUGUUUGCCUCCUGCGCGCCGACCAUCGUAUAUCCCCAUAUCUAUGGAAUCGAUCUCGCUAGCCCCCAGGAGCUCAUCGCGCAUGAGAAAACCAGAGAAGACAUCGCCAAGCACAUCGGCAGUGACGACGUGAUAUAUCAGUCUCUCGAAGACCUGGCGGCAGCUUGCACAGAGGCUGCCCCGGAAGGCGAGGUGAAGGACUUCGAGGUUGGAGUGUUCUGCGGCAAGUACAAGACGGAGGUACCGGUCGGCUACUUUGAACAUCUCGAUGAGCUUCGCGGCAAAGGCAAGAAGAGAAAGCUGCCCGAUGCGGUAGAGGGUCAAGACGCGGUUGCGACUGGCAACAGUGGCCCCGUUCUUGUGCCCACCAACGAGACGGCUACACUGCAGGUCAGAAAGAAUCCUCUCGCUCACGGCGGCGACGGAUCCACUUCACCGCUUGCGGAGGCACUCCCACCGCGGACGCCAGACAACCGGGAGGACAUCAGUAUGCACAAUAUUGCGUCAGAGGAGGGUCAAUAA